GGGGGAGGUGUCUACGUGAGCGGAAGCCGGAAGUGUCUGCAGGCCGCAGAUCCGCUCGCCGCCCCGAAAAGCGGAGCUCGCGCCCCGUUCUCUGCUCCCCGCGACCAUGGCGGGGGUGAAAGCCCUUGUUGGUUUAUCCUUCAGUGGAGCCAUUGGUCUAACGUUUCUUAUGUUGGGAUGUGCCCUAGAAUAUUAUGGCGUGUACUGGCCCCUGUUUGUCUUGAUAUUUUAUGUCCUUUGUCCCAUUCCUCACUUCAUUGCAAAAAGAGUGAGCGAUGACACUGAUGCAGCUAGCAGUGCCUGCAGGGAACUGGCAUAUUUCUUCACAACUGGAAUUGUUGUUUCUGCCUUUGGAUUGCCUAUAAUCCUUGCACGUGUUGAAGCGAUCAAGUGGGGAGCCUGUGGUCUUGUGCUAGCUGGCAAUGCAGUCAUUUUUCUUACCAUUUUAGGCUUUUUUCUUGUAUUUGGUAGAGGAGAUGACUUUAGCUGGGAGCAGUGGUAGGACUUCACUAUGAUGUUGGUGAUAUGCAGCAUAUAUGUUUAUAUACUGUAUAUAUGUAUGUGUGUAUGUUGGAAUGUUUGUACCUGCACAUGUAGCCUUAUGCUAUUCGAACAUGAUAUGCGUUUUUACACUUGUAUGUCAGCCAAAUUAAGGGGAAAGAGCCUUCUGACAGCUUUUUAAAUAGGUACAGAAUAAGCUGAAAUCACAAUAGCUAAAUCUGUCCUUAAAUCUUUGUUUACACAGUGUGCACUAUUUUAUUGACUUUUAGUUUUUAAUUCUGAUAUAAUACCAUUGGUAUGUAUGUUGGGAGUCAGUAACAUAGCUGACAUUUUUACAGCAUAAUCAAAAUGGGCCUAUAUACUGACUGUACAGUUUAGUCUCCUGGUUUCGCUAACUUGAUUAAUUUCUGUUUUGUGGCUAGGAUGGAACAAACAUUUGCCUUUGUUUUCAAAUAAUUGUAAUUUUCAGUAGUUUGUUCUCUCAGUUUAAAAAAAACAAACCCCAUUGAAUACCCAUAAUAGCUGCUACCAAGUAUCUUUUUUCCAAUCCACGAUAAAGGGAGAGUGAGAAGUAUUGGAUGUUCUAGGAGGCUGUGUUCUAAUUUCUCUGCAUUCUCAGGCUCACCUUUGUAUUAAUGGCCCAUGGUGCACUACCAGAACCACAUCUGGUCUUGGAUCUCAAUACUACAGGUAAAGGGAAAGUAGAUUCAACAAACAUCCUCCCCUACACUCAUAGUCAGCAUUCAACAAAUAAAAAAGGAAAAUAUUCUGUUUUCAUCCCACUCUAGUUGUAACUGUGGGUGUAUGUUGGGGGUAAUUGGAUAAUAACUCCAUUUUUAUGUCUUACCAUGUUAUAAACUGACAUUACUUCUUACCGUAUAUACUCGUUCAUAAACCAAAUUUUUUUUUAGUUAAAAAGGGAAGCACCAGAGAUGGGUGUUGGCUUAUGAACAGGUACAGAGAAGGAGAGGUGGGACACAGCCCCUCCCCCCAACAGAGGGAGCAAGGAGAGGCAGCAGAGCCAGAAGGGAAGAGGCGGAGGCUGGCGUGCUCUCUCCCCAACCUCCAAAGCAGCUGCAGCUUCGGGGCUGGCAGGCUGCAGCCAUGCCGCUUCGCCCUGCCCCCCAGAGCAGUCUGUGGCUGUGCCACCCGGCCCAGCCCGCUGGAACAUGCUGUGGCCACGCCGUCUGGUCUGGCCCACCGGAGCAGGCUGCGGCUGCACUGCCCAGCCUGCCGGAGCAGCUCCAGCCAGGCCAGACACAUCUUCCUCUGGCCCUCCCCAGAUAAGGUGGAAAGGGAUGGGAUGGGAUGGGGAGAGUGUGGGGGUCCCGGGCUAGGGGUGGGGUCAUAUGGAGGGUGGUCACAGGGGUUACUCCCCUGACCCCCAGCUUCUCCCCCACAAAAUUUUUUCCCACCAGUUGCUGUCCCAGCCCAUCAGGGUAAGCAGCUGGCACACCGGACAUUUUCUUUACUUAGGUUUACCUCCGUGCCUGCAGAUGCUUGAGGUAAACAAACCAUCUCCGCAGCUUAUCUUGAUGGCCCGGGAGUCAAAGUUUGCUGACCCCUGAAUUACAGAGUCGGCUUAUGAACGAGUUAAAUUUUCCAUUUUUACUUAUCCAUCUUGGGGGGCUGAGGGUUGGCGGGGGGUGGCUUAUAAACGAACUGGCUUAUGAUCGAGUAUAUACGGUAUGUAUAGUUUCCACUCUAAAGAAAUAUUUCAAACUGCUAUCAAAGUUUAUAAUCAGAAUGCAUUGAACACCUCUGUUGUGUUGUGAGUCAAAUGCCUGAAUCAUAAAGAAGCGAAAUGUUCUCGUUAGACAUCUUUAAUACAGCAGAUACUUCAGGACUCAGUGUUGCCUCAGUUCUUGUCAGUUUUUUAAAAAUACUUUUACUCAAACCCUUACUUUCAACUCUGUAAGAAAAAAUGGUAAUAUUCAAACAGUACAAUAUAUUUUUAAUGUCAUUAUUCUAAUAAACAUUCAUAUAAUUACACUAUUAUUAUAUUAGCACAUUUUACUACUAUGAGAUAGUGAAUCCUUCGGAUUGUGAAGGAAGCAUUUAAUUUUGUAGAGGUUUAUUCUGGCGCGACCUUAACUUUAGAGGCAUAUUGUAAUACAUUUCAGUACAUCUGAAAAGGAGCAAGGAACCAGUAACUCUAAUUUAUUUUGUCACAGAAAAAUGGGUGCAUCAAAUUAUGACAUUUGCAAUUAGAAAAAACUGAAUAUUUAGAUUGGGUAGAUAUUUUAACCACUGGUUUGGUGGAAUAGCAAUUCGAGAAGGAACAAUUUUCAUGCUUGCGUAUUUUCAGCUUAUUCAUUCAUAACUGAAUGUUUCCAGCCUGUGAUGAUGUGGAGAAUAAAAUACCAUGAAUAAAUAUGUAACAGCCAUGAAGAGAACUGAUGUGAUGCCAUCUCCCCUAACCUAGAAAAAUAUCUGCACAAGCAUUUGAUGUCCAAAGUAACUUUUCACAAUUGAUAUCCUGUGGAUUUCCACACAAAUAAAGGCUUGAAAAGUAA